AUGGGUGAGACUGGCAAAGGCAUCUCAGAGGAGGAUGAGAUCGACAUGAGCCAGUCUACAGUGUUGGUCAACAAAUGGGCCAUCAUCAAGGCAAAGUUUCCGUAUCUGUGGAACAUGAAGGCUCUUAUCAUGGAGCGUCCAAACAUCAUCCGCACCGGUAUUGGCAACUCCACGGACCCUGUCAACAUCGAUGCAAUUCUCACCCCAGGAGGUGACAGCGAUGGCGGCGACCACACCAAUGGUGUCAGCACUGGUCUCGGCACCAUUCCAGACGGACACAACCCCCACCCGCUCACAGACAAGGCACCCAGCAAGCGCCGUCUCUCCUUGCUGGACGAGACAUUGAGCUUGGACACAGAAGAGGAAGACAGUCAUGAGCUCGACAAGGCCAUCGCUGCUCAGAAGGCCUCGCGUACGACUGGCUCCGAAGUCUCCUCCACAUCUAGCAAGAACAACGCACCUAUGCCAACCCCUCAAAAGAAGACUCCCGCUCGAUCUGGCACGUCUACGCCUGCGAAUAAGGGCUCAUCUGGUAAGGGAAAUAAGAAACUGAAGUACGGUGAGCAAUUCAACGAGAUCGCGAUGGCCGAAGAGGAGACGCGCCAAAAGCAACUCGAUGUUCAGCUUGCAAAGACCGAUCUCGAAAAGAUGAAGCUGCAGGCGAAGAUCGAGGCACAGCGCGCCAAAACACAGUUGAUGGAGAUGAAGCUCAAGCAGAAGCACACACUGGAGCUGGAACGUCUGCGCAUGAAGGCACAGCUCAAUCCCAUCCUCGCAUCUCCGAGUCCGGCGUCGUCAUCCUUCCUCCCAGUGCCGUCGAUGAGCAAUCUCUCCGCACACACUUUCGAUGCUGCCAGUGCGAUGAAUACGAAGGAUGGCUCUGAAUGGGGUGGAGAUGCGCUCAGUGGACAACGUAGUAGGCAGGCAGAUGGGGAGAACAAUUGGGCAUGGGACCAGUAG